UAGGUAGCUGAUACAUCAUCGGAGAGGGGUGGACACACCUCGUCAUUCAAAGAUUCGAAUACAUCGAUGGAGCAAUACAUAUUCAGCGUUUGAGUACGUAUACAAUGGCGGAAGGUGGUCCACAUCCCGACCCUCACUCUGAAGACAGUACACUACCUAAACUGUCGGACUCUCAACUUCUGAAAUGUCCGAUCUGUCUUGAGCAGUUACGACAGCCGAAGUCUCUGCCGUGUCGUCAUUCUCUUUGUGAGGAAUGUUUGAGUAGCUACAUCGUCAGUGAGGUGUCAGGGACGAGUGAUACGGCGACUUCCUUUAUCUGUCCGGUUUGUAGGACCCUAACUCACCCCGUGGACAAAACAGAGGACAAAGAUAAAUGGGCCCAGCAGUUCCCGACCGACACCGUUGCCAUAGAGAUGAUACAACUGAGAAACAGGACGACAGAGCAACAUUACUGCGUGCCUUGCCAAAGGAGGAAGGGAACGCUGGUACCUGCACAAUUCUGGUGUAAAACUACACAGUCAUUGUUCUGUGAGUCUUGUAAAGUAGAUUUGCAUGAUGAUAUCCACGUUGGCUGUGAUAUCGCAGAUAUGAAUUCUUCUGAGAAUUGGCAACUGAGGCAAAACACAUCUGACAAAAAAUGCGACAAACACAAGGAUGAGAUUGCUUAUUAUUGUGAGGAUCACAAGUCCUUGGGUUGCAGUAAAUGUAUUAUUGUUGGUCACAGGAAAUGUGACAACGUGUCCACAACAGAGGAUUACUGUGAGAAACUGAAUAGUAGCUCCCAACUAGAGGAAAGAAAGACAUAUCUACAGCAAGGAGCAGACGACAUGGAAUCUAUGAUAAAGGAUUUUUAUCUACGACAACAGAACAUUGCAGACGACAAAGAUGCGGUACUGAAAAGCAUCGACGACCUGCAGGAACGUAUGGAUAAACGUAUCAGAGAGAUGAAGAAGGAAAUCACAGAUGACGUAAUCACGGCGUACAAACAGGAAAGAGAAAAUCUGAAGGUGUCCACACAGAAGUGUGAACGGCUGAAGGUCGCUAUACAGAAUACAUUAGAAUCGUCCGCUACAGCUCUACAGAGGAACGACCAUAUGGACACGAUCCGGCUUUACCAGAAAGGUCAGACGGAGCUCGAGGCUUGUAAGGAUCUAGUGAAAGAAAUGCAGAUGUCGAUUUCAACUGUCAGUAUUGAACAUGAAAUCGAUUCGGACGUGACAAGUCUGAACUUUGGUAAAAUCUUUGUCAGAAAGCAACAAAAACAUUUACCAAGUGUCCCAACUCUCGUCAAACCUUUAUCCCAAUGUAAUGUGAAGGAAAUAAGAAAGUUGAACAUAAUAUGUCCGUCUGAUCAAUUUGAUUGUGCUCUCCGUGGUGUUGUAUACUUACCUGACGGCAGAAUUGUGGUGGGAGAUAGAAACAAUAAUAAUAUUAAGUUAAUUAACGACGCAGGGGAUGUUGUGGACGAGUUAAAAUUGGAUGGAAAUCCUUGGGAUCUGUGUAUGGUGGAUAACACCACUGUGGCGGCCGCUAUACCGAGUCCCGGAGGUAUACGUGUAGUGACUGUCACACCCUCCAAACUUACACUGUCGUCUGUAAUAAACAAAAAAACACGAUAUUACGGNACCUAA